AUGGGAUCCCUAUCCGCCGCCGCCGGCGAGCAUCCAAUUUACCCCACCGCUCGUCGCGACGAGUCCAUUGUCGAUAAUUAUCACGGCGUCAUGGUUUCCGACCCUUAUCGAUGGCUCGAAGACGCCGAUUCCGUAGAGACGAAAGAAUUCGUCGAGAAGCAGACGAAACUAACGGAUUCCGUACUUAAAACAUGCGAAGCGAGGGAAAAAAUUCGUCAAAAGCUUACGGAAUUAUACGAUUUCCCCAAAUACGACGCGCCGUUUAGGGCAGGCGACAAGUAUUUUUACUUCCAUAACACCGGUUUACAACCACAAAGAGUUCUUUAUAUUCAGGAUAGUUUGGAUGGAAAACCGGAGAUUUUGCUCGAUCCAAACUCGUUAAGUGACGAUGGUACACUUUCGUUACGUGCGUAUGAAGUUAGCAUUGAUGCAAAGUACUUAGCCUAUGGAAUUAGUUCUAGUGGUAGCGAUUGGGUUACCAUUAAAGUUAUGCAGAUCGAAGACAAGCGCAUCGAGCCCGAUACUCUUUCAUGGGUGAAGUUCUCUAGUAUUAGUUGGACACAUGACACCAACGGUUUUUUCUACACCCGUUAUCCAGCUCCCGAGGAUGGAGAGAAAUUGGAUGCUGGCACGGAGAUAAAUUCCAAUUUACACCACGAGCUUUAUUAUCACUUCCUAGGCACGAAUCAAUCGGAAGAUAUACUAUGUUGGAGUGAUCCCGAUAAUCCUAAGCAUACUCGUUCUGCUUCCGUCACAGAAGAUGGGAAGUAUGUUCUUCUCUAUACGUACGAAAACUGCGAUCCGGUCAACAAGAUAUACUACUGCAACAUGUCGGGUCUUCCGGAAGGACUCAAAAGUUACAAGGGCAAAAAGGACAUAUUGCUACCCUUCGUAAAACUUGUAGAUACGUUCGACGCUAAUUAUCACUAUAUUGCGAACGACGACACGAUUUUCACAUUCCUUACUAACAAGGACGCUCCAAGAAACAAGCUCGUACGAGUUGAUUUAAACGAUCCUAAUUUUUGGACUGAGGUGCUUCGAGAAGAUGGAGAGGAUGUGCUUCAGUCUGCUGUGGCGGUCAAUGGAAGUCAAAUAGUCGUAAAUUAUUUGAGCCAUGUGAAAAAUGUUUUGCAGUUGAGGGAUUUGGAAACGGGUGCCCUUUUGCACCGUUUACCACUCGAAAUCGGAACGGUUUCCGAGAUCUCUUCCCGUCGGAAGGACAAGAUCGUCUUUAUUGGAUUUUCGAGCUUUCUUGUACCGGGCAUUAUAUAUGCAUGCAAUCUUGAAGCUGAGGUCCCGGAUAUUAAAAUAUUCCGAGAAAUCGUUGUUCCUGGAUUUGACAGGACUCAUUUCGAAGUCAAACAGGUAUUUGUGGCGAGUAAAGACGGUGCUAAGAUUCCGAUGUUUAUAGUGGCUAGAAAGGGAAUUUGCAUGGAUCAGUCACACCCCUGUUUACUGUACGGAUACGGAGGAUUUAACGUCAGUGUUACUCCACAGUUUUUCGUUAAUCGAAUUUUGAUCGCAAAGCAUUUAGACGUUGUCUUUUGCUUUGCGAACAUUCGUGGAGGUGGUGAGUAUGGGAAAGAAUGGCAUAAAGCUGGUUCCCUUUCGAGGAAGCAAAAUUGCUUUGAUGACUUUAUAUCCGCUGCAGAGUAUCUUGUCUCGUCUGGUUAUACUCAGCCGAGAAAGUUGUGUAUUGAAGGUGGAAGCAACGGUGGCCUCCUUGUCGGAGCUUGUAUUAAUCAGAGGCCUGAUCUUUUUGGCUGUGCUCUUGCUCAUGUUGGUGUUAUGGAUAUGUUAAGGUUUCAUAAAUUCACUAUUGGUCAUGCAUGGACAUCAGACUUUGGCUGUUCAGACAGGGAGGAAGAGUUCCAUUGGCUAAUCAAAUACUCGCCAUUGCAUAAUGUUCGAAGGCCAUCUAAUAAGACGACUCAGUAUCCAUCAACUAUGUUGUUGACGGCCGACCAUGACGAUCGUGUUGUGCCGCUGCACUCACUCAAGUUAUUAGCGACAAUGCAGCAUGUUUUAUGCACGAGCUCGGAGAAAAAUCAUCAAACUAAUCCGAUUAUCGGGCGCAUAGAACGUAAGGCAGGGCAUGGAUGCGGAAUGCCAACUCAGAAAUUGAUUGAUCAAGCUGCAGAUAGAUAUGGUUUCAUGGCAAAGAUGGUGGAAGCUAUAUGGAUUGACUAGAUGAUGCCGGUACUGCUGAAUCGCUUUUGGAAAGUAUUUACAAAAUAAACAGUGCUUAUUAGGGGAAACUCGGUGUGUUUUUCUCUAAACAAUCACGGUCUAUCUUACGAUCUUUCUGAAUCUCGUGUAUAUAACUUAUAAAUAAAAAAUAAAUUCAAAGUACAAGGACCUAGUAAAAAUUCCAAGAAAAGUGAAAA